AUGGCCGCCGGCGCGGUCGCGGUCGACCACGGCUGCCGCGGCCCGCUGACGACGUCCGCCGCGGCCUGCGCCGCCGGCGCCAUGUCCAUCGGCGAGGCCUACCGCUUGAUCGAGGCGGGCCGCGCGGACGUGGUGCUCUGCGGCGGCGCGGAGUCGACCGUCGACGAGGCGGCCGUCGCGGGCUUCGCGCGGCUCCGCGCGCUCAGUAGCUACGCGGGCGACCCGGCCAAAGCGUCGCGGCCCUUCGACGAAGCCCGCGCGGGCUUCGUGCUCGCCGAGGGCGCCGCCGUGCUCGUGCUCGAGGACCUCGAGACCGCGGCGGCGCGCGGCGCGCGCGCCUACGCGGAGGUCCGGGGCUUCGGGCUCUCGGCGGACGCGCACCACGCGACGGCGCCGCGGCCCGACGGCUCCGGCGCGCUCGCCGCCAUGGUCGAGGCCCUGCGGGGGUCGAACCUCGCCUUCGACGACGUCGGCUACGUCAACGCGCACGCGGCGUCGACGCCGCUCGGCGACGCCGCCGAGGCCGCCGCGAUCGCCGCGGCGUUCGCCGGCCGCGAACACGACCCCGUCCUCGUCUCCUCGACCAAGGGCGCCACGGGCCACCUCCUCGGCGCCGCGGGCGCCCUCGAGGCGGCCAUCACGGCCCUCGCGCUCCGCGACGGCGUCGCCCCGAGGACCGCGAACCUCGAGAACCCGCUGCCCGUCGGCGGCGCGCUGCGGCUGCUGCGGGACAACGAGCCCGCGGCCCUCGCCUGCGCCCUCUCGAACAGCUUCGGCUUCGGCGGCACGAACGCGUCCCUCCUCCUCGCGCGGCCGCCGGCGGACCUCGUCGACGCGCGCGGCGCCGAGGCGGUCCUGCACGUGGACCGGAACCAGUACUACGGCGCCGACAGCGCGUCGCUGAACCUGUCGAACUUGUUCGCCAAGUUCAACGGCGGCAAGCAGCCCGAGGACCGCUUCUUCGAGAUCCUCGGCCAGAACCGGGACUACAACAUCGACCUCAUCCCCAAGUGCAUCAUGGCCUGCGGCAAGCUCGUCAAGAUCCUGCUCCACACCAAGGUCACGCGCUACUUGGAGUUCAAGAGCCUCGACGCGUCCUACGUCUACCGCAGCGGCAAGGUCUACAAGGUGCCGGCGACGGGCGGCGAGGCGCUGAGCUCGUCGCUGCUGGGCCUCUUCGAGAAGCGGCGCUUCCGCCAGUUCCUCGUCUACCUCCAGGGCUACGACAAGGACAAGCCGGAGACGCACAAGGGCAAGGACCUCACGGUCAUGACCAUGCAGCAGCUCUACGACUACUUCAGCCUCGAGAAGCUCACGCAGGAGUUCGUGGGCCACGCGAUGGCGCUCCAGACCGACGACUCCUACCUGUCCAAGCCCGCGCUGCCGACGGUCAUGGCGAUCCACCUCUACGUCUACUCGCUCGACCGCUACGGCACGUCGCCCUACAUCUACCCCAUGUACGGCCUCGGCGGCCUGCCCGAGGGCUUCUCGCGGCUCUGCGCCAUCCACGGCGGCACGUUCAUGCUCAACCGGUCCGUCGACGAGGUGCUCUUCGGCGCCGACGGCAAGGCCUGGGGCAUCAAGGGCGGCAACGAGGUCGCCAAGGCGCCCCUGAUCCUCGGCGACCCGUCCUACUUUGCGAAGCACGGCAAGUGCGCGUGUACGGGCAAGGUCGCGCGGUCCAUCUGCUUCCUCAACCACCCGAUCCCGAACACGAACAACGCGGAGUCGCUCCAGAUCAUCAUCCCGGCCGCGCAGCUCAAGCGCAAGAACGACAUCUACAUCGUCCUCGUGUCCAACUCGCACCAGGUCGCCGCGCCGGGCAAGUACGUCGCCAUCUGCUCGACGACGGCCGAGACGGCGGACCCCAUCAAGGAGCUCCAGCCCGCGCUCGCGCUCCUCGGGCCCAUCAUGACCAAGUUCGACGACUGCGUCGAGCUCUACGAGCCCACGGCCGACGGCACCGCCGACAACUGCUUCAUCUCCAAGUCCUUCGACGCGACGUCCCACUUCGAGAGCUCGUCCGCGGACGUCCUCUCCCUCUACAAGCGCAUCACGGGCGCGGACCUCGACCUCAACAUCAACGCGGACAGCACGAAGGGCGACUACUGAGCCGGCGUAUUUUCGGCGGCGCGCCGUCCGCUCGCGCGCCGCGCGGCGCGCUCCCCCCGUUGUCCCCCGUAAAGACGGCGCUGCAACAU